UAUUUACAUUUUAGUGCGGGAAGCUGGAAGCAGACGAACUCUUCGGAAGGGGUUUUCUUCACAGACGAAAGAGGCUUCUUUCACUGGCAAAACAGAAGAAAACUUCUACGGAAGGAGUUAUCGGUUCAAAUGGAGGCCGGAUUGCCAUCCAAGGAAAAACACUUAUGCUACAACACACUUGUGUGUCUACUCAUGACACUGAAAGGUCAACAGACAACAGUGGACCUCAGAAAUGGAGCAUCAGUAACAGGAAAAAUUGUUCGGUGUGACCCGUAUAUGAACGUAGAUAUGUCUCAUGUUCUGUUUCGAGAUGCCAGUGGCAAACCUCACCUUUUUGAUAACUUUUUUGUGCAUGCACGGAAUUUACGAUACGUGCAUAUUCCGCCACAUAUAGAUAUGUUAAAGUCUGUUGAAACAUUUGUGAAUCGUUCCCAAGUCAAACAAGACAAGCAAGUUGUUAAACCUAAAACAUUGCGAAGACAGGCAGAAACUGUGGAACGUGUUCGAAAACUUAAAGAGAAACGGCAGAUGAAGAAAGAAGAAUCGUAGAUGUGUUAAUGUAUGUAUAGUUCAGAGGUGGAAGAAAAUUAAUCAAUCGGAAUUUCAUAACAUUAUUAUAUUGAUGCUUUUCAAAAUCUAGUGUAAAAUUGAUGCAGAUAUAUGUUUACUACAAAAUAACAGAUUCCCAUGCAAGACUUAGUAUACAGGUAUGCAUUGGAGGGAUAAUUUUAUAUGUAUUGUCACAAGUUGAAAGUUCAGACUUAAAAUUACACCUGGGUGAUACAAUUUA